AACUAAACAAAAUAUGUCUUCUGUUGAGACGCUGAAGAAGAAGAAAGUACUUAUGAUUUGUUUAGGCAACAUUUGUCGUUCGCCGAUAGCAGAAGCUGUAUUCCAGAAUGAAGUAAACAAGAGAGGUUUGCAAGAUUAUUGGAAGGUAGAAAGUGCUGCCAUUAUAGGAUUCCAUGUAGGUAAAAAACCAGAUAAUAGGGCUCUGGAUACACUAAUGAAAAAUGGGAUUACUGAUUAUUCCCAUAAAGCACGCCAAAUCGAAUUAUCCGACUUCUACAUAUAUGAUUGGAUAUUUGGUAUGGAUCAAGAGAAUAUUAAAGAUUUAAUCAAUAGAAGACCAAAUCUUGAUUGCCGAGCAAAAGUGGAGCUCCUAGGAAGUUAUAAUCCAAGUGAAACAAUUAUAAUACGAGAUCCAUAUUAUGAUAGUGGUAGUGCAGGAUUUCAAAAAGCCUAUGAUCAAUGUGUAACAUGCAUAACAGCGUUUUUGGACAAACAUUCAAAUUAAUAAGACUUAAAUUCU